AUCAACCUCUUCUCUCUGUACUCCUCUGCAAGCCCCUUCCCAUAGAGAAAGAUGGCGGUAUCGAAGGUUUUCCUUUUCGUUACGGCGAUGGCCAUUAUCUUUGAGCUUGCAACGGCGAGGAACAUCACUGUCGGUUCUCCCGGUGGGAGCUGGGAUCUUCAGACCAACCUCGGCGCCUGGGCUCAAGGCCAGACGUUCGACCAGGGCGAUGAUCUGGUUUUCUCGUAUGAUCCAUCCCAACACGACGUUCUUGAGGUGAACAAGGCGAACUAUGACUCCUGCACUACGAGCAACCCGAUAGCGACACACACCAGCGGGGAUGACGUGAUCCCGCUGUCGACUACUGGGAUGCGAUACUUCAUCUGUGGAAAGCCGGGACACUGUGGGCGUGGAAUGAAGGUCGCCAUCAACACGGUCGCAUCUUCUGGACCAUCUCCUCCUGGUACUCCUGUCCGUCAGGAGCCAGUAACCUGCACGCAAAGGUGGCCGCCGGAGUUGGAUUGGGGAUGGCCGUCCUUUUGGCCCUUUAAGCUUAUAUAG